CCCACAAUGGAAUAAGUGUCGGAUGUGCACGUUGCCAGUACCGUGGUGGAGACUCAUCGAUGGUAGAAUAGAAGGGAUCAGGAUAGAACUCAUCUUUUGGUUAACCCCUUCAUUAUCUUAAUUUAAUUUCUUAAUAAGUUAAUGAUUUUUGACAUGCUGGAAAUUUGUAAUGAAAGUCACAAUGAUGUGUUUUAGGACUUAAUUUUGGUGCACAAUUAGUGUUCCUACCAUUCCUCGGUGAUACAACCAGUUUCAAAGCCCACUUGCGUUUAUCCAAAACAAAAAACAAAACAAAACAAGAAAAACACGUACGUACUCUCUCUAUAUAAAUCCCAUGCAAUUGCAAUAUGGCAGGAAGAGCCAGAACACCAAAAACCCUCCUCCAGUCAAUUAUGGCAAUGAUGCGAUUAGUCUCUUUUCUCUUUUGUGUGGUGCUACUCUUUGGCUCUGCAUUCACAAAUAGCAAAGCUGCUGUUAAUACAGAUCCGCAACUACGCCCCAUUUGUGAGCGCCUCGACAAUAGGAAAAGUUUCGAUGUUCUCGAACCAGGGUUCAUAUUUGGGACAGCCUCAGCAGCUUACCAGUGCGCUGGUGCUGUAAAAACCGAUGGAAGAGGACCAAGUAUAUGGGAUAACUACACCCACAGCCAUCCAGAAAGAAUCAAGGAUGGCAGUAAUGGAGAUAUCGCUGUUGAUCAAUAUCACCGAUUCAAGGGUGAUGUGGCGAUAAUGAAAAAUAUAUCGGUGGAUGCUUAUAGAUUGUCUAUAUCAUGGUCAAGACUGUUGCCAAAUGGAACGCUAAGUGGGGGCGUGAAUAUGGAUGGGAUCAACUAUUACAACAGUUUUAUCGAUGACCUCAUAAAUAGCAGUAUAACACCAUUUGUGACAAUCUUCCAUUGGGAUCUUCCCCAAGCUCUAAAUGACUCAUAUGGUGGUUUCUUAAGCCCUAAAGUUGUCGAUGAUUAUUUAGCAUUUGCAAAACUUUGCUUUGAGAACUUUGGCAAUCGAGUAAAACACUGGAUCACGUUGAAUGAGCCAUAUACCGUUAGUCACCAUGGCUAUGCAGUCGGGUGCCACGCACCGGGGCGAUGCUCUGCUUGGCAAAACUUAAGCUGCAUCGGUGGAGAUUCGGGCACUGAACCAUAUUUAGUGACACACCACCAACUCCUUGCACAUGCAGCCGCUGUAAAAUUGUAUAAAAAUGAAUAUCAGGCAUAUCAAAAUGGCUCGAUAGGAAUAACAUUGGUGUCGCAUUGGUUUGAGCCCGCUUCAAAUUCAACAAAAGAUAAAAGUGCUGCAAAUCGAUCUCUGGAUUUUAUGUUCGGAUGGUUUAUGGACCCAUUAACAUACGGUGACUAUCCGCCUAGCAUGCGGUCAAUUGUUAAAGAACGAUUACCAAAAUUCACAGAUGAAGAAUCCAAGUUACUAAAAGGGUCAUAUGAUUUUAUUGGAAUAAAUUACUAUUCUGCUAGAUAUGCAAGUAAAGGACAUGAAUUUAUUUCUGCACAUCAUGAUUAUAGCUACUUAACAGAUCCUCACGUUAAUGUUACAACUGAGCUUAAUGGGGUCCCUAUUGGUCCACAGGCUGCUUCAGAUUGGUUAUAUGUUUAUCCAAAAGGAAUUUACGAUCUUCUAAGCUAUACGAAAAAUAAGUAUAAUGAUCCAAUCAUUUACAUUACCGAGAAUGGCGUUGAUGAGUUCAAUGAUCCCAAAAUACCGCCUGAGCAAGCCCUUAAUGAUACCAAUAGAACUGACUUUUACUACCAUCACCUUUGUUACCUUCACAAAGCCAUGAGUGAAGGUGCUAAGGUGAAAGGAUAUUUCGCUUGGUCAUUGGUAGACAACUUUGAAUGGAAUGAUGGAUACACGGUUCGUUUUGGUAUCGUCUAUGUGGAUUACAGGAAUGGUACUGCUAAUUAUCUAGCAAGGCAUCUAAAAAGCUCAGCAGUGUGGUUCCAAAAUUUCCUCAAGAAACGUCUUUAUUGAAAAAAGUACGAAAGUGAUGAAUAUUUGUAGACAAUAAUGAUGGGAUACCAAAAGUUUGAAUUCCAAAUGGUGAAUAAAGUACACCAGCUCCCCUGGAG